UUUAUGUUGAUAUCCGGUGAAAUGUGUCGUUUAUUUAUUUCUCUCUAUCAGCUCGUAAUUCAUUUGUUGUACUGAUAAUGCAUUUCUCAACUGCCAGAUUCACACCUAUAUAACAACACUAUCCUUUAUGAAACAUUUCCAACAUCAGACAACAUUGACAUAACAGAAGAAACAUCCUCAAUAUCUACCAUGUUUUAAAGACUAAAAGAAAAUAUUAUACAAAAAAGAUGUACUAGAUUGUUUUUUAUAAAUCUUUGGCAGAAUUCUUGUGAAACAUUUCCUCUGGAAUAAUAUUAUAAGCAAAAUUUCUGAACAUCACCAACUGGAGUAUCAAGAAGAGUAGCUUGUGUGUUGAUUAAAUUUGCUAAACAAAGGUAACACUGGACAGAAGUACAACAGUAGAAGUGCAUGUAAGGAAUAAAGUAUAAAAACAAAAGCAAUACAAAUAUAUAAACUGGGAUUUGAGAGGAAAAGUAAUGGAAAAGAGUGAGAAAAGUAUACAAUUGAUUUCCCCUGAACCCAUGGAAAAAGAGAUGAUAUCAUACGAUUGUGAUAUCUGUACAAAGUCCUUCCUUCAAAAAAGUGACCUACUUAUGCACAAACGUAUUCAUACAGGAGAGAAACUGUAUCAUUGUGAUAUCUGUGGUAAAUCAUUCUCUUGCAGUAGUAAGUUAUCUACACACAAACGUUCUCAUACAGGAGAAAAGCCAUAUCAUUGUGAUAUCUGUGGAAAAUCAUUCUCUCGAAAUAGUAACGUUACUGUGCACAAGCGUAUUCAUACAGGAGAGAAACCAUAUCACUGUGAUAUCUGUGGUAAAUCAUUCCCUCAAAGUAAUCAUUUAACUGAACACAAACGUAUUCAUACAGGAGAGAAACCAUAUCAAUGUGAUAUCUGUGGUAAAUCAUUCUCACAAAGUAUUCACUUAUCUACACAUAUACGUAGUCAUACAGGUGAGAAACCAUAUAAUUGUGAUAUCUGUGGUAAACCAUUCUCUGAUAAUACUGCCUUAACAAAGCAUAUACGUAUUCAUACAGGAGAGAAGCCAUAUCAUUGUAAUAUUUGUGGCAAACGAUUCUCUAGUAAUAGAUCCUUAACAUCACACAGUCAUACUCACACAGGAAAGAAGCCAUAUCAUUGUGAUAUUUGUGGUAAACCAUGCUCCAAUAAGAGUUACGUAACUGUACACAGACGUAUUCAUACAGGAGAGGUGCCAUAUCAUUGUGAUAUUUGUGGUAAACCAUGCUCUAAUAAUAGUGCCUUAACUACACACAAACGUAUUCAUACGGGAGAGAAACCAUAUCAUUGUGAUAUCUGUGGUAAAUCAUUCUCUCAAAGUAAUACCUUAAAGGGACACAAAAGUAUUCAUACAGGAGAGAAGCCAUAUCACUGUAAUGUCUGUGGUAAAUCAUUCUCUCAAGGGAAUCACUUAUCUACACACAUAUGUAUUCAUACAGGAGCGAAACUAUAUAAUUGUGAUAUUUGUACUAAAUCAUUCUCUGAAAAUACUACCUUAACAAAACACAAACUUAUUCACACAGGAGAGAUGCCAUAUCAUUGUGAUGUCUGUGGUAAACCAUGCUUUAAUAAUAGUGCCUUAAUGUCACACAGACGUAUUCAUACAGGAGAGAAACCAUAUCAUUGUGAUAUUUGUGGUAAAUCAUUCUCUCAAAGUAAUACCUUAAAGGGACACAAACGUAUUCAUACAGGAGAGAAGCCAUAUCACUGUAAUGUCUGUGGUAAAUCAUUCUCUCAAGGGAAUCACUUAACUGUACAUACACGUAUUCAUACAGGAGAGAUGCCAUUUCAUUGUGAUAUUUGUGGUAAACCAUGCUCUAAUAAUAGUGCCUUAACAUCACACAGACGCAUUCAUACAGGAGAGAAACAGUAUCAUUGUAAUGUCUGUGGUAAAUCAUUCUUUGAAAAUACUGCCUUAACAAAACACAAUCGUACUCAUACAGGAGAGAAGCCAUAUCACUGUGAAUUUUGUGGUGAAUCAUUCUCUCAUAAUAGUAUCUUAAUUACACAUAAACGUAUUCAUACAGGAGAGAAGCCAUAUCACUGUGAUAUUUGUGGUAAACACUUCUCUCACAAUAGUAACUUAACAAAACACAAACAUAUUCAUAAUGGGGAGAAAGAAAAAGUGUAAUUUCUGUAGCGUCUUAUUUGCUAUAUGUAUUUAAUAUUCUUCUGUUAUGCAAUGGAAAUUAUGACUGAAGUAUUUUCAAAAUUUUUAGAGUUUUUCGUUUUUGCAAUUUUCUCUUUCUGUUGCUUCCUUGACCAUUCAUGGAUUCCCUUUCCAUGGUGUAAGGACCUCUGCACCAAAACCCCUCAUCCUCCUGACGAUCGUACAUUUUAUUCUUUAUUGGAGACUGCAUCCACAAAUUUCUGUGAAUUUAUUGCUUAUUAUUAUGAGCAGUAGAAGCAGUCUUGGAAGAAUGGGAGCAGUUGGUAGCUGGAAGACAAGCUAGGAAAGAGGACACUUUAGCAAGGAAAAAGUAGAGUAUGUAUACAUAUGAUUUUGAUCAUAUAUAUAUACAUGCAUACCCACCUACAUAUGUGCAGGUGCAUCUCUUUCUAUACACCCCUCCCACACUCCCAUCCUCCCCUCACAUUAUCUUGACCACCAACUAACACUUUUCUCACUUCUUUCACCCUUUCUUCACUUUUCUUUUUUUUUCACUCUUUUUAUUAUUAUCUGUCCUUUUUCUUUUUUCCUCUUCCUGUCUUCAUUUUGACCUAUCGUACACAUCUCUUCCCCCACCCCAUCCAUCCACAAAUACUACCAAUAUAUUCUCAAAUUUUCAUUCACACCACAAAACCCCUUUGAAUGAGCAACACAGAAUCCAUGGCACCACACUUAGAAAUAACUAAGCACGAACUAUUAUUGGAAUUUACAUACCAUGUGCAGGAAACUUUUUACUUCUAGACACCACUUUACUCAAAUAAUGGAACUGCAGCUACAAUGUUUUAUAUUUUACUUCUACUUUCAUUCUAUUAUUUCCCUCUAUAUUCCCUACAAUAAUUCCUUAUUUGGACUCAAACAUUUACCUCUAUUUAACCAUCUCACAUCGUCUCUGAUGAAGGGAUAUCCAUAAUAUCCCAGAAACAGCUGUAAGACUACAUCUAUAUCUCCUUAUAAAUGUCCUGAAAACUCCUCACAACCUUGACUUUGUUAUCUCUUUUUGUCUAAUAUAUAUAUAUAUAUACAUGCUAAUACAAGACCCACAUUAAACUCCUCACUCAUAUUACUAUAGAACCAAGAGUUUAACUAUCGUCUGUCCAUAGCACUUAGUGUUACGAGCCACUCUUUGGGUCUUCAAGAUACCAAUACUUUAUAAAUAUAUAUAUGUCUA